AAAAGUUCUUAUGCAUUCCUUUAUGGUUUUACAACUACCCGUUUUUAUGAUUAUGCGGAAAAUGUCGUUAUGGCAGGUCAACUUAUAACAGGGCUGAUAACGUGACCAGUAUUAUAUACGUUUUGAACAAGAAGAAGAAACGGUGUCGUUUAAAAGGCUUUGGAUGUGAAGACAAAGCCGAGAGGUGGGGAGGUCUUGGGGUUGGUGGUGGCAAUGGAGACUGGCAACAACCCUAAUUCAUCCUCAGCAACUGCAAUGUCGAAUCCUGGAUGGCCCACAAUUGAUGGUCCACUAGGCCUCUCUGAGGAAGAGUCUGUGGCUUACGCUCGCAGAUUCUUUAGAUUCGGAUUCUGCCUUCUUCCUUGGCUUUGGGCCCUCAACUGCUUCUACUUCUGGCCUGUUCUUCUUCGCUCUCGUUCCUUUCCUCGCCUUCGCCCCUAUGUUGUAGGAUCUGCAGCCGGGUUCACGGUUUUCACAAUUCUUCUCUCCUCAUGGGCUCUUACAUUUAUCAUAGGAGGGAAGCAUCUCUUUGGCCAUGUUUGGGAUGAACUAGUAAUGUACAAUGUUGCUGACAAGUUAGGGUUGACAGGUUGGAGUUAGUCAUAUACCUUCCCCUGGGUCCGAAGGUCACAACACUUCCUCUCUUUACCUAUUUUAAGUGCUCAUAGAUGUAUAUUUUGUUGUUGAGAGAGAUUGAAAGACUUAGUUAUGUAAGUUACUGUUGUUCAUGGUGGAAAUUCAAAUCAGGAAAUGAAGUGUAAUUUAAAUGAUGCUGCUCA